GCCUGGGUGUCUCGCUGCCCCGCCGUCGACGUGCCGCCGUGCCCUGCGUGCCCAGCCUGCCCGCCGUGCCCUGGGGCUACCGUGGGGGCGACCGCGGGCGCGGUCUCGCUGGCUUGCCUGGCGGCGGGCGUCGCCGGGGCGGCCCUCGACGCGCUGGCCGCCAUCAGGGUGCUGCGGAUCUGGGGUCCGCUGCGCUUCUCGGCGGAGGCUCGGGGCUCGGAGGCGCCCGUGGGAGAGCGGGUGGCCGAGGCUCCGGGCAGGACGGUGGUGGGCCAACUGGCACUCACGGGCGACGUCCUCAUCGUGACGCCCGACGACAUGGUGUACACCGAGCGGUUCCUGGCGGCGGGGCCCGACGUGGCGGCGGUGCGGUUCUCGGCGACGCGCUGGCCGCCUCCGCCUGGGAUCGCGCCCGAGGCCGCGUACAGGUUCGGGCGUGCCCCGUCGGCCGCCCACGAGGCCGCGUGGCUCGCCGCCGCCACGGCCGAGGCGGAUGCCGAGUUCGCCCGCGGG